GUAGCUCCCUAGGCAUGGGGCUGCUGCAGCAGGCGGAAGGAGCUGGGGGUAGGUCCUAGUCCUGCUUCUUGCAAAUUGCUGCCCCGGGGGCGAGCAGGGGAGGGUCUCGCGCGGGGCUGAUCCGCAUUCUGCAGCCUUGCCGCGGGCUGGAAGCUGCUCAGCCCCCGCCCGAGGGGAAGGAACCUGGGGGUUUCCUUUGCUUGCAGUACCUUAGGGUAUUGCAAGGCAGGGCCCAGCUGCAGGGACAGAGGCCCUGGAGCCUGCAGCUAAAUUGGAGCGCGGGGGCCCAGCAGGGCCGUCGGAGCAUGAAGUGGGCAUUGAGCCUUUGAAUGCUGCACGCAACAUCUUCUGGAAUGUUUGCACGCUGUAGCCGGAUAUAAAAAGAGGCCGGGCAACUUCCAGGAGCAGAUCUGGACGAUUCGGGGCAGAGAUCUGAGCACCUCGUGCUGAUCGAUUUCACUUCCAGCUCCGCCGGCUGUUUCUUCCCGCACCAUGUUCGGCUCAUCCAGGGGAGGAGUGCGAGGGGGGCAGGACCAGUUCAACUGGGAGGAUGUGAAGACGGAUAAACAGAGGGAAAAUUACCUGGGCAACUCCCUGAUGGCUCCGGUGGGCAGGUGGCAGAAGGGCAAAGACCUCACCUGGUACGCAAAGGGGAAGCAAGGCGACGUGCAGAUCUCCCGAGAAGCCGAGCUGGCUGCAGUCCGGCUGGCUGAGCAGGAGGCCAUGAUGGCGGCUCUGGGCUACAAGAAUGUGAAGAAACAGCCCACGGGCCUGAGCAAAGAGGAUCUCGCUGAGGUCUGUAAGCGUGAUGGAGCAGAGCGUGAUGAGAAGGAUACAGACCGAGUCUUGGGGCUGGGGAGUUCCAGUGGCGGUGCUGGCAGAAUGAUGCUCUCCAAAGAAGACAAAGAGGCUGCCAAACUGGGGCUUUCUGUUUUUACUCAUCAGAGAGUGGCAAACAGUCCGGAGGCCUCAGGUGCGAAGAGAAAACUGGGCAAGGAAGAGAAGGCAGAAGAGGGAUGGCCCGAGAGCAGCAAGAAAUCCAAAAAGGAGAAGAAGAAGAAAAAAAAGAAAAAACACAAGAAAGAGAAGGAAAAGGAGAAACAUCACAAGAAAGAAGCAGCCACCACCUCCUCCUCCCCCUCUCCAGAUCAUGGGGAAAGGAGGAGGAGGGAAGCCCCACCCCCCAAGGACCAUUCAUCAUCCUCCCGGCGGCUUGCAGGCGGCUGGCGUGACAGCCAUUCAUCACCGGGCCCAGAGGCACAGAAGCAGCCCGGCAGGCGGCAGCACGACAUGGACUCCUCCAGCAGCGAGGGCAUGGGAGGGAGCCCCCCUCGCCGACAGCUCCCAGCCCACAGUAAUGACAGGAGUGGCAGCAGGGACCACCACAGCUGGCACUCAACCUCCAGGGGCAAGGGAAAUGGCAAAGGGUCCCCCCCAGCCCGCCGCGCCAACCGGCGCCACGACACUGAUUCAGAUGACUGAGCUGCAGGGAGGCGCGGGAGAGACGGGGACUGCUAUGGCCUUGUUUUAAAGGGACGCUGUCCAAACUGAAGUUACAGGACCAGAUCCUCAGCUGGUACAAAUCAGUGCAGCUGUGAAGUCACUGGAUUGAGAGUGCAUUGAACUGCACCAGUUCACACCAGCUGGGGAUCUCGCCCAGAGGGUUGAUGUGGGUUUUUUUUUUUUUUAAUGCCCUUAUCUAUGCUACCGAUGCCCUAGCAUAGAUGCCUAGUGUAGACACAUCUAUACCAGCAAACGCACUUUCUUAUGCCGGUAUAAUUGCAGCUACACCGGUAAAACCUUUAAGCGGAGCCUAGCCCUUAGCUUGGCCACGGCUGCUCCACUGGUCUAUUCCUUUGAUUCUGCUGAGCUUGCCCUGCCCUGCUGUGUCUUGUGCCCACAAAAGAUUUAAAGCCAGGUGCACAGAUCCCUCGUGUGUAUCUGCAGGGAGAUAACUGUAUGCGGAGGAGCGAACCUCUUGCAGAAUGGAGGCCUUUGUUUGGGAAUGUUUAUCAGGUACUUGUGUGCCCAGAGUUAGGUAUUUUAGAAAACCAACAUCAACUACACAACCUCCUAUUCAAUCAGAAUUUUACUGAAAAUCUUGGGGAGAGACGGUAAUAGAAGAGAGAUCUUGUUUGGAUUUUGACUAUCGCCUGCGGUGAAUGUCUGCAACCCGCUGUGCUAGCAAGGUUAAAGCAGCUGGAACAUGAUGACCAACAAAAACGGACAUUGAAUCUAGUCUGUUUCAAGCAGAGGGUGACAUAACAAGUAAACAGUGUGUCCCUGAAAACCAGGCAGCUGGAGAUGAACAGUUUCGGCUUUAAUAGCCUAAAAGGUGUUGCUAUCCUUGUGUGUUUUUUACUGUGCUGAAGGGUUUUUUUUUAACCUGACACUUUCCCUUUAAAUUUCCCCAAUUUUUUUUAAACUUACUUAGAGGAAGUUUUGUAAACUUUUCCCCCCAAGAAUAAAAGAACUUGACGUUUUGGAG